CCGCCGCAUGCCGCCUGCACAAGCCCCCCCUCUGCUCCCCGCUCCAUUGUGAGUCAGAUCAACGACACCUCGGUGACCCUGGAGUGGAGCGAGCCGCUGGAUCGAGGAGGGCGAGGAGACCUGACCUACAGGGUGCUGUGCUCCCACUGCGGGGCCCCCACCAGGGGAUUGGUCGGUUCCUGUUCUCCGUGUGACGACAGCGUUUUGUACCGGCCGGCGCAGUCCGGUCUGACUCAGCGGCGCGUCGCCGUGUGGGGACUCCGCCCACACAGCAAGUACGUCUUCACCGUCCAAUCACUGAAUGGCGUCUCCGCUCUCAGCCAAUCAGAGCCGGCCUCCGACGGAGUCAACGUCACCACCAGCAGAGACGUUCCUCCUCCCGUGUCCGGCCUCAGGCAGGCGGAGGCCUCAGAGUCCAGUCUUUCUUUGGAGUGGAACGCUCCAGUUCUGCAGAACCAGCAGCCGGUCCUCGAAUACCAGCUGCGCUACAGCCACAAGGACGGCGAGGAGGCGGGUCAGUGGCAGUACGUGUCCAGCAGGUCUUCUUCUGUGGUGCUGACGGGGCUGCAGCGGGCAGCUCAGUAUCAGGUGCAGGUCCGCGCUCGCUCGCAGGCCGGGUACGGAUCAUUUGGCGCGGCGAGCGGCUUCAACACGCUGCCUGAUGGUGUCGGCUCUCAGCCGGCGGUGACUGGAGUUCUCGUCUCGAUGGGGAUCCUGCUGCUCAUCGCCGUGGUGAUCGUCGUUGCGUAUUGUUACCGCAGGAGAGUGAAGGACUCAGAGAUGAGUGAUAAGAGUGCACACUACCAGAUGGGACAGACGAUGAAGGUGUACAUCGACCCGUUUACGUACGAGGACCCCAACGAGGCGGUGAGGGAGUUUGCCAAGGAGAUCGAGGCGUCCUUCGUAAAGAUCGAGGAGGUGAUCGGAGCAGGUGAGUUUGGCGAGGUGUGUCGCGGGCGGCUGAGGGUCCCGGGCAGGAAGGAGAACUAUGUGGCGAUCAAGACCCUGAAGGGCGGCUACACGGACAAGCAGAGGCGGGACUUCCUGUCGGAGGCGUCCAUCAUGGGUCAGUUCCAGCACCCCAACAUCAUCCACCUGGAGGGCGUUAUCACCACUUCCUGUCCCGUCAUGAUCCUCACCGAGUUCAUGGAGAAUGGAGCGCUCGACAGCUUCCUGAGGAUGAACGACGGACAGUUCACCACCAUCCAGCUGGUGGGAAUGCUGCGUGGGAUCGCGGCGGGGAUGAAGUAUCUGUCCGACAUGAGCUUCGUGCACAGAGACCUCGCAGCGCGCAACAUCCUGGUCAACUCCAACCUGGUCUGUAAGGUGUCAGACUUUGGUCUCAGCAGGUUCCUGACUGAAAACUCGUCCGACCCGACGUACACCAGCUCGCUGGGAGGGAAAAUUCCUAUUCGCUGGACGGCUCCUGAAGCCAUCGCCUACAGGAAGUUCACGUCCGCCAGCGACGCGUGGAGUUACGGCAUCGUCAUGUGGGAAGUGAUGUCAUACGGAGAGCGACCAUAUUGGGACAUGAGCAACCAGGACGUGAUCAACGCCAUCGAGCAGGACUACCGGCUGCCCCCCCCGCCGGACUGCCCCGCCUCGCUGCACGCACUCAUGCUGGACUGUUGGCAGAAGGAACGAGCCAAUCGGCCGAGGUUCUGCGACGUGGUGGCGGCGCUCGAUAGGCUGAUCCGAAACCCCGCCUCCCUGAAGGUGAUGAUCGCGGAGGGUCGAAGUGUGACCCAGCCUCUGUUGGACCAGCGUGCCCCCCCCCCCCUCUCGGCCUGUGGUUCGGUCUCUGAGUGGCUGCGAGCGAUAAAGAUGGAGCGGUACGAGCCGAGCUUCAUGCAGGCCGGCUUCUCCAGCCUGGACGUCGUCUCUCAGCUCAACACCGAAGACCUGCUCAGAGUGGGCGUGACCCUCGCAGGCCACCAGAAGAAAAUCCUCUCCUCCAUCCAGACGCUCAGGAUACACAAAGCCCCGCCCCCCCUCCUCUACUGACCAAUCACAGCCAACCUCCGCUCAGGACGCCGCUGAGCCGCGCUCUCUUUUUAACCAAACAUUUUGACCAAUCAGAAAACCAGUGAGCCCUUCCUGGUGGUCGGACCAAUGAGAGGCAUGAAACUGUGGCGUUCAAAAAGCACAAAGACAAUAAUGACGUACAGUUACUGGAGUUACUCAGGUGCAACAGGACUCCGCCCACUGUGUUAAUCCGACCAAUCGGAGGCGAGGACAUACGUACUGCAGUAGGGCUGCACGAUAUUACAAAACAACUGACUUCGCAAUAUUUAGAUUUUCUGCUAAAUGAAAAAAUACAGGAAACCCUGGACUCCCCGGCCAAUCAGCAUCGAGCCCAGCGAGGACGCAGGAGGAGAUCCCGGCGGUCUGGAUUUGGAAACACGAAGGACGCUCGAUUUGUUCUUCGUGCUCUACGAAACAAACGAAAAACCGGAUCAGCUGAUGGUCCAGAACUAAAGCUGCUGCUAGAGGACCGAGAGACUUUCAUCUCCUAGAGCUCAGAGGAAUACUCGGAGGAAUACUCCGGGGAAUACUCGGAGGAAUACUCAGAGGAAUACUCCGGGGAAUACUCCGGAGGAAUACUCGGAGGAAUACUCGGAAGAAUACUCGGAGGAAUACUCGGAGGAAUACUCGGAAGAAUACUCGGAGGAAUACUCGGAGGAAUACUCGGAGGAAGACUCCGAAGAAUACUCGGAGGAAUACUCGGAGGAAUACUCGGAAGAAUACUCGGAGGAAGACUCCGAAGAAUACUCGGAGGUAUACUCCGAAGAAUAUUCGGAGGAAUACUCGGAGGUAUACUCCGAAGAAUAUUCGGAGGAAUACUCGGAGGUAUACUCUUUUCAGACAUCCUCAAGUUUCUUAUCCGAAAGUGAUUCUUCAGGUGACUCAAUUCCUCACACACUGAGAGACUUUGGGGAAUAUUUCGUCACAUUAUAGACUCUCAGAAGGACUUCGAGCUUCUUAAACUGUGGAUCCUACAAGUGGAUUUUAUUGAUCCUGGAUCCUCAAAGGUUCCCCAGUCUGAGGACCUUUUCAACCCUUAAAGUGAAACCUGUCAAACACUACUCACUGUAGACUUUGUGAGGUCGGUCCAGAGUCGUCGGUCCAGAGUCGUCGGUCCGGGUGGAUUCACGCACGUCCGUUAAAGUGGAUUCAAAAUGUACCAAAACGUUAUCAAGAAGAUUUUUAGUUGAAUCACUUUUUAGCAUUUCAGUUUCAACCUUCUGGAACAAAACCACUGCAGAGACGUCGGGUUCUACGGACUAAGAACAUUUUAGCUGAUUUUACAUUAAACUAAAGAUUUAUUAAUGUCUUUAUAAAGAUCUGCGACUACACAAGAAACAUUAUAAACUGUUGGUUUUGUAAUUUAGCACUUUUUGUACCUGAUAUUUGAUCAUGUUUUGAAGCAGAGCAGGAGAUCAAUGUUUUUAUACUAAAGUCAUUUUCAUUUUUUAAAGAAGAUAAAAAAGGAUUUAAAAAAAAAGGUUUGUCUUAUAUUUCAAAUCUCCAGAGACGGAGGUUCAGGACCAAAGAUCACAUCGGAAGUCAGUCGUUUGUUCUGCAUCACGAGAUUCUGUUUAAUAAUGACUCAGUUAGCAGCGCUAGCAGCGCUAACACCGCUAACACCGCUAACGCAUUCAGCACGUCCACAACGAGGCCUGAAACGCAAACAAAAUGCCGAGCUAGCUAAAAACUGUUUAGCACCAAAUCUACCAAUUUCAAUGUUAGCUUUGUUCGCUUCAACCUCUCGACAGUUUGUUCGGCCGAAGCAGCAACAGUAGCAUCUCGUAGUGUACGAUCACAUGUCGUUGAGAUUCUGCCGACGUCGUUGAAUCAGAAAUGUAGUUAUCGUAGCGUCUGUGGCUCCUGUCAUCAAUAACAUCUGGAAUCAUUUUAUGUGUGUGUGGAUAUGUGUGUGUAGAUAUGUGUGUGGAUAUGUGUGUGUGUGUGGAUAUGUGUGUGUAGAUAUAUUUGUGGAUAUGUGUGUGUGGAUAUGUGUGUGUAGAUAUGUG